AUGGCAUCCGAAGAGCCGCCAAACCCCAUGGCCGAAUCCGGGAUCACGAUCCCUUCUGAUAGCGAACAGUAUUCCCGGCAUGGAGACCAGUCGACCUCACCCCCGUCGUCUUCGUCACCAGCCGUGAUCCUCUACCAGCCGCCCACCAUUUGGUCUAUUCUUCGCGGCGCAGCUAUCAACUUAUUCCUUCCCUUCGUCAACGGCAUGAUGCUUGGCUUUGGCGAGUUAUUCGCACACGAGGCGGCCUUCAGGUUAGGGUGGAGCAAUACGAGGCGUCUGCUCCAGGCCUUGAGGGCCUCUAACAGGUUCCUGGCUGUUCCAAAUUCGAGACAAAGACGGUUCAUCCAGCGUGCUGAAAUCCUCGAACCCAGGAGCUUCCAGGUUCUGUCGAAUGUGCCACCACUUGACUACCCGACCAUUUGCCAAGGGCUUCGGCCUCUGCCCGCAACGGACCCACCCAAAACUUUCGGAACAGCCAGGCAAGAUGCUUCCCAGCAGGAACCUUCUCCGGCCAAGCCCCGCGCUGGGGCUUGUAAGAGCAGGUUCGGCACAGCGCUGCGAAACAACCGAGUGGCCCUGCAUGGGGCAUCGACGGCCAGGAGGAUAGGAGGCCCUGUGGCCUUUGGUCUGGCUUCACAGCGACCCACAUUCGCGAACCAGCAAUCUCGCAAUGCCUCGACUCAACCAACGAUCGCCCCGACCUCCGCCUCCGAUGUUUCGAAUCUCGCCGACGUCACAGGGACGCCGGUGAACCUAACCGGCAGCGACCUUCUCGAUAUUCCGGAACAGAUUGGUUUCCUAAAGACACUCGGGCUCGAGUUCGGCUGGGGGCCGACCUCGCUGAUGCAAACGGUAUUGGAAUCGGUCUACGUCUACACUGGUCUCCCGUGGUGGGCAUCGAUUGCCAUGGUGGCUGUUGGCCUCAGGGUCGCGCUUCUCAAGCCCACACUUGACGCAUCCGAGAACACAGUCAAGUACCAAAAGUUGUUGAAAAAUCCCGAGUACGCGGCCGCGAUGGAGGACAUGAAGAGUCUGAUGAUCACCGGCAACCAUAUGGCCGGUGCCCAGGCACGAGCCAAGGUUUCUCUCAUGAACAAGGAAGCUGGUUAUUCGCUAUGGAAAAAUUUUGCGCCCAUGCUCCAGCUUCCCUUGGGCUACGGCAUGUUCCGCCUCAUCAAGGGGAUGUCCGCACUUCCCGUGCCCUCGUUCGAGACCGGUGGGAUCCUUUGGUUUACUGAUCUAACCGCCGCCGAUCCGCUCUUUAUUAUGCCCAUCGUCACAGGCCUCGUCGUGAUGGUGGGCAUGAGGAUACCUCUGCCCUACAUGGCCCCCCAGCAACAGCAGACGAUGAAGACCAUGGCUCUUGUCAUAAUGCCGCUUUCCACGGCCGUUGGUUUGUUCCUCCCGUCGGGCUUAACCCUCUACUUCUUGCUCUCGUCUGUGUUACACACAUUUCAGACAUACAUGAUGCAUCAGCAUUGGUUCCGCCGGAUGGUGGGGUUGCGGCCGCUCGACGAUCCAGCGCGGGCGGGCGCAAUGACCUGGCAGGCGCCGCGCAUCGUCGACAUGACCGCCCCCAGGGUCACACCGAUUCGACCCAGCGCCCCACCGGCUUCUGAGAGCGUAUACGCGAGCCUCCAGUCUUCCAUUGCGAGCGCCAGAGAGAAGCUGAACCAGCGUUCUGAUAACGACGCGGCGAAGCGUGCCCAGAAGGCAGCUCAGCAGUACGAGGAGAAGCGGGCCCUCGAAGAGAAGGAGAAGAUCAUCGGGCGCCUUCAGAAGCGUAAAGGGAGACAGCACUGA